AUGACUGCUGGCGUCAGCUCUCUCGUACGGAUACUAAGUAGACACAAGGACGAUCGGACGGCGAUGAACGAUUCCACCGGACCUAGACCGACGGUGACGCCCACGACUCGCGAUCUCCUCGGAAGCGGCGGUUCUGGAGGAGGAGGAGGCGAUCAGUCGCAGGAGCUUGACCUUGACUUACAAGUCCCUAACGGAUGGGAAAAACGUCUAGACCUAAAGUCAGGGAAAGUUUAUCUUCAACAAUGCAAUUCCACGAGCUCUUCUUCAUAUUCUCAUCAUCAAUCAAACCAAACAGUUCCAAGAUUUGACGACUUAAAUCUACCGCCGAUUUCCGUUAAAUCUCCGGUGAAGAAACCAUUGUUAAGCCUUUUCGACGACACAAGCCUUGAACUAAAGCUAAACCCUUCUUCGAAUUCGUCUCUCUCUGUUUCAUCGAGUUUCCAGAGUAGUGUUUGCACUCUCGACAAGGUGAAAUCGGCUUUGGAGAGAGCUUUGAAAGAUUCUUCCUCCGGGUUGAUCAAGAAACGCCUAUCACCAGAAAACGGCGUUUGCGAUCGAAACGCGGCCGCUGCGUUUCCGGUUGCGGCUGGAUGUCCGGGAUGCUUAUCGUACGUGUUUGUGAUCAAGAACAAUCCGAAGUGCCCGAGAUGUCAUUCGUUUGUUCCUUUGCCUGCCUUGAAGAAACCUAAGAUUGAUCUCAACAUUUCAAUUUGA